AUGGAUUCAAUGAAGAAGGUUGAAUUGCUCAAGAAUUCAAAUGAAGAGAAAGAGAAUAUUCAUUCACCUAGGCCACUCUAUUUGGAGCUUCAUCCUGUUACUACUACUAAGGAACCACAAGUGCAUAAAACUCAAUGGGAGAAACACCUUGAAGAUGAACUAGUAAAGUCUAGGAAAGAGAAUUCCGAACUUCGGUCAGAGCGUGACGAGUGGAAGAAGCGAGCGAGUUUCGCUAGAGAAAGAUUUCGAAGUUUCAAGGAAGAAUCUGAAAAACAAGUAGUUUAUCACAUAAUAACUUGCGCUUCAGCAAUUGAAUCAAUUGAGAACUUCAUGACAGCAUUUACUUGUUUGUUUCUUCUUAUAGUUGUCUGUGUUGAGAAAUGAAAAUGAGUCAAUUACAAAUGCUGAGAAGAAAGCUU